AGAAGAAAAAGUUAAUAGAAAUCAUUAGUUUAAUAAUUAAUUAUUGUUAACCCAACAACUACCAAUCAAAAUGAUUCGAGCUGCUAUAUUCAUUGCUUUAUUUGCCUUGGCCGCUGCUGCCAGCCUUUCCCUUGACUCCCAAUGGGAAUCAUUCAAGACUAAAUACGGCAAAUCUUAUGAUUCGGCUGAAGAAGAAACCAACAGACGAAAUAUUUUUGCCCAGAAACUGGAAAAGAUCAAGGCUCAUAAUGAAAGAGCAGCCAAUGGUGAAGUUACCUACAGAUUAGGAGUCAACAAGUUCUCUGAUUUGACCGCCGAGGAAUUCAAAGCAAAAUAUCUUGGAUACAAGCCUGCUCGUCGAUCCGCUCCUCUUAUUCACAACGUAAACUACACCGUCAAAGCUCCAGCCUCAGUUGAUUGGCGAACCAAGGGAAUCGUUAGUGAAAUCAAAGAUCAACAGCAAUGUGGUUCAUGCUGGGCUUUCUCUGCCAUUGCUUCUAUCGAAUCAGCCAACGCUCAAAAAAACGGUAAACUUGUUGAACUUUCAGAGCAAAACUUGAUGGAUUGCUCAUGGAAAUACGGUGAUAACGGAUGCGGUGGUGGUUUGAUGGAUGAUGCUUUCUCAUAUGUUAAAGCCAACAAGGGUGUUGAUACUGAGAAAUCUUACCCAUACAUUUCUGGAGACGGAGAAGAUUACCACAAAUGUCGAUACACUGCAGCCAACAAGGGUGCUUCAAUCUCAUCUUUUGUUGAUGUUCCAGAAGCUGAUGAGAAAUCCCUUUUAUCUGCAGUUGCUGAACGUGUUGUUUCAGUUGCCAUUGAUGCUGGACCAGUCCAAGAUUAUGAAUCUGGUAUUUUAAAUACCGAUGAGUGCUCAAGCGACCCUCAAGAUCUUGACCAUGGUGUAGCUGUUGUUGGAUACGGUACUGAAGAUGGUACUCCAUAUUGGAUUGUCAAGAACAGUUGGGGUAAAGAUUUCGGUGAAUCAGGUUACUUCCGAUUGUACAGAGGUAACAACAUGUGCGGUAUUGCUGAUUCAGCUUCUUAUCCAAUUGUUUAAAUUGUCAAUAACUUUUGUAUUAACCUGCACUUAUUGAUUGAUUAAAUUAGAGUAGAGAUUGUCUAACCAA